GUGGGCAGCACAAACCGUUUAUUUCAUCAACUGUAGCGGCCAGCUUUUGUCAGUCGAGCUUUGUGAUUGGUCAGACACAUCCAGGCUCCUCCCCUCUGCCGCCACAGCCCGGUGGAGUCAUCGGAUACCCUCACAGCGGCAAGUUUUUGGGCAAGUUAUCAAGCAAAGGCUCGGGAAGGCCCGAAAAUGAGUCACUUUAAGGAGCGCUUCGUGACUCUGCUCCAUGAGAAGAACUUUGUGACUGAUCAGUUGGCAACACUGGAGCAAAAAACGGGAGUGAAGAGAGAGUAUAUCGCCUUGGGAUUCCUGAGUUUUGUUGCGAUAUAUCUUCUGUUUGGAUAUGGAGCCUCACUACUCUGCAACCUGAUUGGAUUUGUCUAUCCAGCAUAUUUCUCUAUUAAGGCCAUCGAGAGCAAUAUUAAGGAGGAUGACACACAGUGGCUCACCUACUGGGUUGUUUACGGACUCUUCAGCGUUGUUGAGUUCUUCUCUGACAUCUUCCUCUUCUGGUUCCCCUUUUACUAUGCUGGCAAGUGUUUGUUCCUCAUAUGGUGUAUGGCUCCAGUAACGUGGAACGGCUCCGAAAUCCUGUACAAGCGCGUGAUCAGACCAUUUUUUCUGAAACACCAGGCCACCAUGGAGAGUAUGGUCAGCGAUCUGAGUGCCAAGGCUAAGAACAUAACUGAGACCGUCACAAAGGAGGCUGUUAACCGGGCCCUCAACCACGAAAAGGACCAGUAAGAAACAUGGGAAAGCUGAGUGACAGGAAAUAUGUGAUUUCACUAUUGGAUUGUCCUACUCCUCCUUCUAUGACACUCUGGUGACUGGUUUCCAUCCUCUCUUCACAUCAUGGAAGUGUCACACUUCUAAAAUAAAUAAAGCCAUUUUUACUUCUACAUCAGUUUACUCCUGUUGGUACUGCUAAGGCAAUCGGUGAAACUGUGACCUGUUUUGUGAGCUUUUCUUUUUGUUUGUUUUAGUGUGACAAAAUAUGUUAACAUAAAAGAAAAAUACAGUUUUAUACCUUCAAGUACUCUGUGGGCAUGUCGGCAGUGUUGUCUAACUGAGCCACUAGUGACAGAAAACCAAGGUUGAAUAACAGUAUAGUUAUAAAAGCAGGUUACCCUAAGAUGUGUUCUUUUUUUCUCUCUUUUUUUUUUUAAAUUGACAAUCAAAACUGGAACACUUGGGUCAUUGAUGUCUUCUUGCUUUUACAAGCUUUAUUUUUGUUUGUGCAAAGCAGAAUUUAAAGCUUGUUAUGAAGGUUCUCAGUCUUUAACUUGACUUCUAUGUUUUUUGAUGUCUUAAUUUAUCACCUUGUAAUGAUGAAGCAAUAAAACUGGACCCCUG